GAAUUAGACUAGAGAUUUCCUUCUCUCAGUCCCCUCGCAUUCCGCGUUACGUAUUUUAAACGAUAUAAAUCUAUUUUUCAUUUCGUCAGUGAUAAGUCCUCGUAAGACUUUAAUAAUCGAGAUGAUUUUUGGGCCAAGGAAUCCCUUCCUUACCGGCUUACUUCUUUUGGCAUUUACGACUCUCGGGUAAACAAUUUUAAUUUAAAAAGAAAGCCGACAAACAAAAUUCAUAAAUGUUCAAAAUUAAUAAAAGCAAAAAGUCUGUUAACUUUUGGAUAUGACAAAUAAUAUUUAAAAAAAAGGAUAACUUUCUUAUUUUCUCUACCAACAAAUCAACGGUAUGACUUAUAACUUAAUUUUGCUUUUUUUGUUUCCUCCUCCUCCCUACCACCCACCAUCCCCAUUCUCCAAUAACCACUCAGAACUGCGAAAUACUGCAAUGAUACCGUACCCGUUAUAAAGAAGGAAAGUGCUCCUUGCACAGAAAUCCAAAUGAGACUGGGAAUAUGGUCCGUAAGUAAAGAACUUAGCGGAUUCGGUGGCGAUUCAAAUCAAGAAUUUCAAGCGAGGACAUCCCAAUGGAUAGCUGGAAAUUCCAAUGACAUUUGCGUCUUCGAAAAGAACGAUGUUGAAAUUGUUCGGCGUUGUUGUCCGCAAUGGACAGGAGUAGGAUGCGAAACUCCCAUUUGCACUCCUCCGUGCGAGCGUGGGACAUGUUUCGUUCCAGACGAAUGCAAAUGUGACGCUGGAUACUCAGGCUAUCGUUGUCAGGAUAAUAAAGAUGCCAUAACAACUAGUCUUAAGUAUUGUUUCGCCCAAGGAUUCUGUUGGGGUCCUAAGGCUCAAGACGUUGGUCAAAUAACAACUACUUAUGAGGAUUGUUGUACAAGAGGUGGAAAAACUUGGGGUUCAUCCAACUCUACGUGUAUCGAAUGUCCAAAAGCUGGCGAAGGUUCAACCGAUCCAACAAAACCGGAAGUCGUUGAUCAAGACAAAAAUAUUGGAUUUCAUACAUGUAUGUCCUAUGGAACAAAAGUUUACAGAUCUUUCGACGGUUUGGAGUAUAUUUUCCAAGGACAAUGCGAAUAUACAUUGAUGAAUGACGGAAUUAAAACAAUAAACAUAAAAAUGAACGAAUGCCAAGCUUAUUCAACCUGCAAAAAGACUCUUUUAUUCUACUUGAAUUCGCAAACAACAGUUGUUGCUUCCGGAGAGGAUAUUAAAGUUAACAACGAACCAAUAACCGUAGCAGCUGGUGGAACAACCAGGUCAUCAAAUGUUAUUUUCGAGAGAAGUGGUGACUUUAUCUUUCUCGAAUACGGAGAUAUCAGAUCAAAGUGGUCAGUUGAAAAUUCAAGAGCAUGGUUCUUGACUAUUGACGAUCAAUUGAAAACUGCUAUCGGUUCAACAACAAUCUCCGGUUUGUGCGGUAACUUUGAUGGUGAUGCUCUAAACGAUAUGAAACAAAGAAACGGCGUAUUGGCCAGAGUACCAUCAGCUAUGGGAAAUUCUUUCCUAGUUAGCAGCUUGACUGAAGUCUGUCCAGAUGCGCCUAAUGCUCAACCGGAAUGCCUUAAUGAAAGUACCGAACGUAAUGCCAAGGUUAAAUGUGGAGAAUUGAAAUUUGAGCCAUUUUCCGCAUGCAGAAGUAAAUUUUCGCCAAAGAGACAUUACGAUCUCUGCGUUAAUGAAAUGUGUAGAAUAAUGCAUAGUUCAUUGAGCGACCAACAAAAAAAGAAUGAAAUUGAUGCCGCACUUUGUGACUUUAUGUUCCAAUAUUCUUUCGAAUGUGCUACAAGAGGAGUUUACAUUAACUACAGAACAGAUGUCAGAUGUCCAAGAACAUGUCCAGCCGGUUUGACAUACAAACCUUGCAUUGAUCGUUGCCAAAAAACCUGCAGAAAUAUCCUCAGCCCAGCUACACACGAUGUUUGCGAUAGCCAAUGCGUUCCCGGAUGUACUUGUAAACCUGGAACCUUUAUGGACGAAAUGACAAACACUUGCGUAGAAGCUAGAGAUUGCUCUUGUUCUUAUCAAAUGAAGAGAUAUUCUUCUGGUGAUGUAAUCAAACCAGAUUGUAAUACAUGCGAAUGUAAAUACGGUAGAUGGAUAUGCACAAAGAAACGAUGUCCUAAGAAAUGUUCAAUCAUCGGUUUACAACAUAUUACUACUUUUGAUGGAGAUUCAUUUGACUUAAGAGGAGACAAUUGCCAAUAUACUUUGGUUGAAAGGAACACAGUUGUAACGGAAGGAAAAGGAAAUUUACAAAUUGCCUAUUCAAUGGAAGAUUUUGGUAAAUUAGGCACUCCCUCUAUAAUUUCAGUCUUUAUUCAAUACAACGAUGUAAAAGUACUCUUGAAAGCUGCAGGAGGAAACGUAGCUGCUGUUAUUAACGGAAGAGAAAUCUCAAAUGUUGCUACAAAUCCGUAUUAUAGACCAGAAUUAUCUGUUACACGAUCAACUUCUUUACUCACAACCAUAAGAGGUUUUGGUUUUAGAGUCAGCUAUGAUAAAAAUGGAAGAAUUUACGUCUACUUAUCACCUUAUUACGCUGAUAAAGUUAGAGGUCUAUGCGGCAACUAUAACGGUUCCCCACUCGACGAUCGUGUGCCAAGAUCAAAUGCACCAAUAUCAACUAUGUCCGAAUUUGUUAAUUCCUUCAAGCAGUCAACCUGUUCGGAUACUCCAAAGGCAAAUGUCGGUCAACACAUUGAUCCAUGCGCACUUGAAACAGAAAAAAGAGAUGGAGUCCAUGCAACAUGCAAAGCAUUUAUCGACGAAGGAGUCUUAAAAGAGUGUCAUGACGUUAUCGAUCCUCGAAUCUACAAAGAGAUGUGUAAUUAUGAUAUGUGUGCCAAUGAAAAUUCCUAUUUAGGAUUCUGUAAUAUUGUCGCUGCCUAUGCCGAGGCAUGUAUGGAAAAAGGAGUUAAAAUCAACUGGAGAGGUGACACAGGACUAUUACUUAAAUGUAAAAAUAUCGACGGAUAUCAAUGUAAAAAUGGCGAAGUCUAUGAUGAAUGUUUCUCAUCUUGCAAUAGCUGUAUGGAUUUCGAACAUCCUUUGGGUUGCGAAGAUAAAAACUGCUACGGAGGUUGCGGUUGUCCAACUGGUCAAAGAUUAGAUAAUCGUGGACAGUGCGUCCAAGUUAAAGAUUGUACCUGUUACGAUAAAAAUGAUCACCUAAAUCCAUACAAAGAUGCUGGAUCAGUUAUCAGGAGAGCAUGUUCAAAUUGUACAUGCUCAAAUGGCAGCUGGAACUGCGGAACAAAAUCCUGCUCUGAUUCAGUACAAUGCCCAAAAAAUCAAGAAUGGAGAAAAGAUUUAAAAACCUGUGGAGCUACCUGCUUCGAUUACAUGAGAAUUGCUGACUGCCAACCAGAAGAACCUCGCGAAGGUUGUGGAUGUCCAGAUGGUUUGGUUUUAAAUCACGAUGGAAAUUGUAUUGCUAGCAAUACUUGCCCAUGUUUCCAUAACGAUAAAUAUUACGGUAAAGCUGAUAUCUUAAAAGAUGGUUGCAAUACAUACGUAUGCAAAGGUGGUUUAUGGGAAAAACAACCAUCAACAGCAGACUGUCCAGCGGUUUGUUGGGCUUCUGGAGAUCCUCACUACUAUACAUUCGAUGGAAAGAGAUACACUUUCCAAGGAAGUUGUUCAUAUUAUUUACUUAAAAGCACAGAAGGAUCACAACUUACUGUUAUUGCUAAGAACCACGCUUGCGGGACUGGUGGUGUUACAUGCACAAAGAGUAUCAAAAUUUUAGCUAAUGGAGUUUCAAUUGAAAUGAUUCAAGGAGCUGAUAUCAAAGUUGACAAUGUCACUGUAGGUUAUGGUGAUAGUCUUAGAUAUAACGGUAUUUAUGUUGGUCCAGCUGGAUUAUUUACAAUAAUCAAUAUACACGAUUCUGGGCUAAGCGUUCAAUGGGAUGGUGGAACCAGAGUAUACUUGUUCGUCAGCAGAGGACAUCAGAAUAAAGUGAAUGGUUUGUGUGGUAACUUUGACAAUGACGCCUCAAAUGAUUUCGGAACUGCUGAAACUGUUGCUGAAUUUGCCCAGCAAUGGGAAGUUACUGGAAAAUGUGGCAACAUUGAUAAACCACACACAUACGAUCUAUUAGAUCCUUGUGAACAAUUCCCAGAUAGAAGAGAAUGGGCUGAAGAUUCUUGCAAAAUCAUUACAGAUGGACCAGCCUUUGCUGCUUGCAGAGAUGUUGUUCCUACAUUCCUUGAAUAUUAUAAAGAAUGCAAAUACGACGCAUGCGGAUGUAACAGAGGAGGCGAUUGUGAAUGUUUGUGCACAGCCAUUGCUAAUUUUGCCGAAGUUUGUAAUAAGAACGGAGUCUACGUAAAAUGGAGAAGUCAACAUUUAUGUCCCGUUAUGUGCGAGGGAGGUAAAGAGUACAGACCAUGCGGGCCACCAUGCCCUCAAACCUGCAGAAACAUAGGAGAAGCACCAGAGCCCUACUGCCAAGAUACUCAUUGUUUGGAAGGCUGCUUCUGUCCUCAGGGAACAGUUUUGGAUAACAAUCAAUGCGUUCCAGCUUUAGAUUGUCCAUGUAUUCACAAUGGCAAAGAAUAUCCAGCUGAAUCUAUUGUUUAUAAUAAUUGUAUGAAUUGCACAUGUAAAAACGCUAAAUUUGAAUGCUUUGGUACACCAUGCGUUGUUGAAUGUAAAGACGACGAAUUCAAGUGUAACAAAACUGACAAAUGCAUCCCAAUAGAAUUUAAAUGCGAUGGAAUGAAUGAUUGCGGAGACAAUUCCGAUGAAGAAGAAUGCAUAUUCCAAUGUAAACCCGGUCAAUUCCGUUGUUUGAAUGCUAUUCAAUGUAUUGAUAUGCCAUUACAUUGCGACGGAAACUACGAUUGUCAGGACGACAGUGAUGAAUUUAAUUGCCACCCACCGACUUGUGAUGAAGAUGAGUUUGAAUGCGAGUCAGGCGCUUGCAUCAAAAAGGAAUUUAGAUGCGAUUCGCAUAGAGAUUGCGGAAUGAAUGAUUACUCUGAUGAGAAGAAUUGUACAACAGAGGAAUGUGAUCCAGACAAAUAUUACAGAUGUCAAUCAGGAGAGUGUAUGCCAAUGAAUAUUAGAUGUGAUAAUCACGAUGAUUGUGGAGAUGGAAGCGAUGAGAUUAACUGUUUUACAAGUACAACAACAGAAUCAACAACAACAGGAACUACAACAGAAACUACAACUGCAACAACAACCGAAACAACAACCGCAACAACGACAACUCCACCAAAGAUUUGCGUGAUUGGAGGAGAACAAAAUCCUUUCGAUUUUACUAAUAGAGUUUUAGCACUUUCUCUUCUUUCUACAAGCAAUAUUGAUAUGAGCGAUGCCUUACUUGGAUCAGACGAAACAUUCGGAGAUGUAUCCGGUAAUGCCGAAACAAAAUUUAAAAUUGAGCCUCUCUCAAAUGGACCAGAUGUCGUGUCAAGCCUAGCUUUCUUCGUUAAGAACGUAGCAGGAGGAACAGCUUUACUCACAGACGCCAAUGGAGCAUUGUCAUCUACACCUAUCGACAUUUCAUCAACCGAUGAAUUCGUAAAAGUUUCAAUCAAAAUCAAUCCUGAAGGAUUUAAUUUCAAGAAAAUUGAAAUCAGAUUAACAUCAGCCGAUACAAGCAAACCUGUUGAAAUUAAAGAACUUGGCGGAACAGUUUGUGGAGAAGUUAUAACUACCACAACAGAAUCAACAACAACUGGAACAACAACUGGAACAACAACAGGAACAACAACAGGAACAACAACUGGAACAACAACUGGAACAACAACAGGAACAACAACUGGAACAACAACAGGAACAACAACUGGAACAACAACCGGAACAACAACCGGAACAACAACUGGAACGACCACUACAGUUUCAUCAACAACAACCACAGCACCCUUGGAGUGUCUUGAAGGCGAACCUCAAAGGUAUGCUUCCGGUUCAGUUGGUUUGACCAUCUACGAUGAACAAGCCCCAGGAAACGACUUUUCCCCUGCUCUAUUUAAUUCUGGUUCACAAUAUAAUAGCAACCAAGGAAUAACUAUUGUAUUCCUUCCAAACUCUGACAAAGAUGUAUAUUUCUUAAAAUUUAAGGUCAGACUAAUCAACGCUCUAGAAUAUCAUUGGGAAAUUAAAUUUAAUGGCGUUGAGGAGCCUACAAUAAAACCAACGAAAAGUGUUGAGGAAGGCUCUGCCUUUUUCGAGACUGCUUUAACUGGUAGUGGAACUGGUGUAUUGUUAAGAGAAGUGAAAUUGGUUGUUGUAAAACGAGAUAACGAACAAGAUUUAAGUGUUCUAAAUGUCCAAGCCGAUCUAUGUCUUCACGAAAAAUCAACAACAACUGAACAAACCACAACAACUCUUACCACUACCACUUCAACUCCUCAUCAGUGCGAGGAGGGUAGUCCUGCCGUUUUAAACUCUGAAUCAAAAGUUCUAAACGUCGUUGACUCCGUUGCCGGCGUUUCAGCUGAAGAUGCUCUAAAAGGAACAGACAUUUCGUAUAAUAGCGAUGACAAUGUUGAAAUUGAAUUUUCCCCCAACGUUGAAGGAGAUGUUCUUGUUCUCUCUAUAGCAGUUCGCUUUGAAAAUGUUGCAUCAUUUUACUGGCACAUAACAUACAAAUCAGGAGGAACCGCCCAAACAACAAAAGCUAACACUGAUGGAAGUGUAGAAGAUAGAAUACUAAAUGGACAAGCUGGAAUUAAUUUGGGUAUCAUUAAACUUAUUUUGGAAAAGAGAGAUGACGGCACUUCUAUUAAAGUUGGAUUAAUUUCGGCCCAAGUAUGUAUUACGUCACCAACAACAACAACAACAGCAACAACAACAACACUAACAACAACAACAAGUCCAACAACUACUUCUCCAGUAUGUGAGAAUGGAGGUGAUUUGUUGACUUACGACUACCAAUCACUGGAUACUCUAUCAGUAGGAAGCUUUACAAGUGAAAAUGAGUUCUCAGCAAUUCCAUCAGAUAUUGCUGAUGGAUCUGGUGAAUAUUAUGAAGAAAAUAAAAAUGAAGUUGAAAUCGUUCUUCAAGCUGGUCAAGUCGGAGAAAAUUCACUCAUUUCAUUACAAUAUGCCGUUAAAAAUGUUAAAAAUUUAGCUGUAAAAAUCUUUUUAACAAGCGGGGCAACAGCUCAAUACGAAAGGGAUUAUCCAGAAGAUGAAGUAAAAUAUUCACCAAACCUUUCAGAUGGCUAUAAAAUAGGAAAGGUUGUUAUCACACUCACAAGAGAUGAUUCUGGCAAACCAAUUAGCAUUGGAAAACUACGUGCAGUUAUUUGUUACAAACCAGUUACAACAACAACUGCAACAACAACAACUCCACCAACAACAACAACAACACAACCUCAAGUUUGUUUGGAAGGACAAGGCACUGAAUACAGUUUUGAUAGUGAAACAUCCAAUAUAUUAAAUUUGGUUAAUCAGAAUGCAGUAUUUGCUGAUACUGACAAAGCCUUAAAGGGAAGCGAAGACAUUUAUAAGGAAGAAGCUGACUCAUUAACAUUAGUUUUGACACCAAAUAUGCUUGGAGAAACAAGAAUUAUUAAACUUAAAUUAACAAUUACAAAUGUAAAAUUAUACAAUAUUUAUAAUGGAGAUUCUACCACUCCAAUUAAAACGGGAGUGCCAAGUAACCAAAAUGCUUGGUUGACUAUUGCAUUAAACCUUGACGGAUUUGUUCUAAGCUCCCUAAAAAUCACAAUGCUUCGAGUCGAUGGAGCACCAUCUAUUCUCGUUAAGGAUUUUGAAGUCAAAGUUUGUCACACAGAACCAACAACAACCACUGGAACAACAACUGGUACAACCACCGGAACAACAACUGGAACUACUACUGGUACUACAACUGGUACUACAACUGGCACAACAACUGGUACUACAACUGGUACUACAACUGGCACAACAACUGGUACUACAACUGGUACUACAACUGGCACAACAACUGGUACUACAACUGGUACUACAACUGGUACUACAACUGGUACUACAACAGGAACAACCACAUCACAAAUCUGUGUUGAUGGAACUGUAUACGAUUACAACUCGGCCAGUCCAACUUCUCUCGAUGUGUCCAGUUCGACUAACAACGAUGCCACUUUACAAGCUGCCUUAUCGGGCUUUGGUACAAGUUAUUCGGAAAUAAAUGACAUUGUACAACUAGUUUUGAAACCAAGUAUGGAUGGUGAUAAUACCCUGUAUCAAUUUGAAUUUUUCGCUCGCAAUAUCAACAAAUUUAGUUUCAAAGUGACAUUAGAAGAUGGAACAGAAAUGGAAAAGCAAUAUCUGGAUACUUCUGGAAGUUACAAUGGUGAUAAAUGUAUUCUACAUAUUUCUCCAUCAGGAAUACCUAUAGGAAAAAUAGAGAUAGAGCUAUUUGCCAAAACAUCUGGUCAACCUAUCGAAGUCUUUAAUCUAUUCGGGAAGGUUUGUCAUGUACCAGAAACAACAACAACAAGCACAACAGCUACCACAACAUCAAGCAUUUGUGAGGAUAUACAAUAUAAUGUGAACACCGAGAAUAUUAUAACAUCUGCUACAUCAAAUUCUGCUACAUCUAUAAACGCCCUUGCCGGUUCAGGUGCAGUAUUUUUACCCACAGUUGAAGAUAUGGCCGAUGGAGUAGCAGAAUGGUCCUUUGAACUUCAGCCCAAUGAUGGAAGUAUUUAUAUUGGAAGUUACUCCCUUCUACUGGGUGAUGUAAAAACUCUUCAGUAUAGAGUCAAGUUAGCUGGACAGGACGAGAUGGAUGUUCCACAAGAGAUUGAAGCACCAAGUGAACAAGGCUUUUGGAGCCCUUCAAUAUUAACAUUAGAUGGUUUAAAGGCUGUAAAAUUGACUCUCAUUUUGAAAGCUACUUCAGGAAUACCCAAGAUUAAAAAUUUUGAUAUUAUAGCUUGUGGAAAACCUUCAACAACAAGCACUGGAUCAACAACAGCAACAACAACAAAACCUGAACUGUGCGAUGCAUUUAACUACGAAAAUGUUAAUCUUGUAAGUGCAACUUUGACAUCUGUUGGAGCAGAGGCAUAUUCAGUUGAUGCCAAAUCAGCAUUUGAGAAGAGCAAUUCAGCCAGCAUAAUAUCUGGAAAUAAUAUUGCCUUGAGAAUUGAUUUCAAUGUUGAGGUCGACCAAAUUACUCAUAUUGCAUUCAAAACAGCAAAUAUAAAAAGAGUUCAGUUUAUUACAGCUGGUGGUAUUAGUCCAGAGAUACCAAUGACAGUGGAUAGCUCUAAUAAAGCAGAAUUAAUAAUGGAUAUAAAACCACCAGUAAAAUCUCAAUUCUUUGAGAUAAAAGUGCUGGAAAAAAUCGGUUCUGGAUUUGUAAGUUUUGAGAAUUUGUUACUUAGGGCAUGUUAUCAUACAACUACAACGCAAUCAACCACUGCUACAACAACUACAACAACGCCAGGUACCACUACAAGUCAAUGUGCAAACGGUUUCUAUGAAUGUGCAGUCUCAAAAUUAUGUUUACCACCAAGUACUCGUUGCAAUGGCAUUUGUGAUUGCCAUGAGGAAUGCGAUGAUGAAACUGAUUGUGAAUGUGAAGAAGGGACGAAACCAAUGGAAAACUGCUACUUUGUUGGCAUAAAAAAGAAAUGUUUACCACUAGACAAGAUCUGUGAUGGCGAAAUGGAUUGCGAAAAUGGAGAGGAUGAAAAAGGAUGCUCAACAACUUCCACAUCAACUACGAUUACUACAACAUCUUCACCAAAAAUAUGUUCACAAGAAAAUAUGCGUGAUGUUUACACUGAAGGAGAUAUGAUUUACUCUUUAACAAAACCUUCAACACCUGGCAGAGAGAGCAGUCAUUUAUUUGAUGAUAUUGGAUAUCAAGCUGCUGAUUUAGAGGACACAAUUAUAACAAUAACACUCACUAACUCUGCUGAAACAUUUGCAGAAAUAUUUCUUGAAACAAAAUAUGCUUCUGAAAUAGAGUUAGAAUUUGAUAAUCAAUAUACACAGGCAAAAACAAUUCUGACAAAUGGAAAUACUCCUGUGGCAACUACAAUACAACUAGAUAUUCCUAAAGUUCAAGGCACUACAACACUGAAGAUCAAGUUAGUUCAAACAGGAUUUCCAGGAAGUGGUGGAGGACAGCAAGAAAUAUCAAACUUGAAAGUUCAUGCCUGCUAUCAAAAAACAACAACAUCAACAACAACUGCAACAACAACAUUCACCACUUCUGGUACAACCACUGGAACUACAACUGAAACAACUACUGGUACUACUACUGAAACUACUACAGGUACAACUACUCGUACAACAACCAAAACUACCAGUGGUACAACUUCAACACCAUCAACAACAACACCAACACUUUGUCAAGAAAUCAUGGAUGAAGAGAGCAUUAUUCAACCUGAUGAUAUUGAAACUAGCAGUGGAACACCAACAGAUAUUAUUCCAAAAUCUAAUACACCAUGGACAAGUGGUGAUAAUGACGAUAUCCCAACUGUCACAGUAACAAUAUCUGAAAAUGAUGAUGAAGAAAUUGAUAGAGUAACAUUGAUAAAUCCUGAAAAUGUUGACAAAGUGAAGAUCACUAUCACAGAUAAGGAUGGCAAUGAUGUUCCUGUUAAAGAUUCUGAUGGAAAUGAUCAACCAGAAGAUGGAUAUUCUCCAGAUGAUAUACCAGAUAAUCUAGCAUUGACAAAGGGCACUAAAGUAACAUUGACCUUCACCAAAACUGACAAAGAUACACCAGUCACAACCAAAGUGGAAAUUCUUGCUUGUGUUAAACCAGAAACAACAACAACAGGAACAACCACUGGUACAACAACUGGAACAACAACUGGAACAACAACUGGAACAACAAGUGGUACAACCACCUCUCCAUCAACAACAACAGUCACAUAUUGUCAAGAAAUCAUGGAUGAUGACAAGGUCAUUCAACCUGAUGAUAUUACAGUAUCAAGUGGAAAUCCACAAGACAUUAUCCCAACUUCUCCAACAUUAUGGGAAAGUGUAAAUGACGAAAACCCAACAGUCACAAUCAGAGUAUCUGAAGGAGAUAAUGUUGAAAUUGAUAGGGUUACUUUAUUAAAUCACGAAAAUAUAGAAAAAGUUAAAAUCAGAUUCACUGAUAAGGAUGGCAAUGAUAUCAUGGUUAGGGAUUCACAAGGAAUUGAACAACCAGAUACAGGCUAUUCACCAGACAAUUUACCACAAAAAUUCAGUCUCACACUUGCUACCACAGUAACUUUAACAUUCACAAAGGUCAUUCCAAAUGAACCAGUAAAAACACAACUCUCUAUUUUAGCCUGUUCUGAAGAAGAGACAACAACCACUGGUACAACUACUGGUACUACAACUGGAACAACUACUGGUACAACAACUGGAACAACAACUGGAACAACUACUGGUACAACUACUGGUACAACAACCAAAACUACAAGUGGUACAACUUCAACACCAUCAACAACAACACCAACACUUUGUCAAGAAAUCAUGGAUGAAGAGAGCAUUAUUCAACCUGAUGAUAUUGAAACUAGCAGUGGAACACCAACAGAUAUUAUUCCAAAAUCUAAUACACCAUGGACAAGUGGUGAUAAUGACGAUACCCCAACUGUCACAGUAACAAUAUCUGAAAAUGAUGAUGAAGAAAUUGAUAGAGUAACAUUGAUAAAUCCUGAAAAUGUUGACAAAGUGAAGAUCACUAUCACAGAUAAGGAUGGCAAUGAUGUUCCUGUUAAAGAUUCUGAUGGAAAUGAUCAACCAGAAGAUGGAUAUUCUCCAGAUGAUAUACCAGAUAAUCUAGCAUUGACAAAGGGCACUAAAGUAACAUUGACCUUCACCAAAACUGACAAAGAUACACCAGUCACAACCAAAGUGGAAAUUCUUGCUUGUGUUAAACCAGAAACAACAACAACAGGAACAACCACUGGAACAACCACUGGUACAACAACUGGAACAACAACUGGAACAACAACUGGAACAACAACUGGAACAACAAGUGGUACAACCACCUCUCCAUCAACAACAACAGUCACUUAUUGUCAAGAAAUCAUGGAUGAUGACAAGGUCAUUCAACCUGAUGAUAUUACAGUAUCAAGCGGAAAUCCACAAGACAUUAUCCCAACUUCUCCAACAUUAUGGGAAAGUGUAAAUGACGAAAACCCAACAGUCACAAUCAGAGUAUCUGAAGGAGAUAAUGUUGAAAUUGAUAGAGUUACAUUGAAAUCACCAGACAAUGUAGAAAAAGUUACAAUCAGAUUCACUGAUAAGGAUGGCAAUGAUGUAAUUGUUAAGGAUUCACAAGGAAUUGAACAACCAGAUACAGGCUAUUCACCAGACAAUUUACCACAAAAAUUCAGUCUCACACUUGCUACCACAGUCACUUUAACAUUCACAAAGGUCAUUCCAAAUGAACCAGUAAAAACACAAGUAACAAUAUUGGCUUGUUCUGAGGAAGAGACAACAACAACAGGAACAACUACAGGAACUACAACUGGAACAACUACUGGUACAACUACUGGAACAACUACUGGUACUACUACUGGUACUACUACUGGUACAACUACUGGUACAACAACCAAAACUACAAGUGGUACAACUUCAACACCAUCAACAACAACACCAACACUUUGUCAAGAAAUCAUGGAUGAAGAGAGCAUUAUUCAACCUGAUGAUAUUGAAACUAGCAGUGGAACACCAACAGAUAUUAUUCCAAAAUCUAAUACACCAUGGACAAGUGGUGAUAAUGACGAUACCCCAACUGUCACAGUAACAAUAUCUGAAAAUGAUGAUGAAGAAAUUGAUAGAGUAACAUUGAUAAAUCCUGAAAAUGUUGACAAAGUGAAGAUCACUAUCACAGAUAAGGAUGGCAAUGAUGUUCCUGUUAAAGAUUCUGAUGGAAAUGAUCAACCAGAAGAUGGAUAUUCUCCAGAUGAUAUACCAGAUAAUCUAGCAUUGACAAAGGGCACUAAAGUAACAUUGACCUUCACCAAAACUGACAAAGAUACACCAGUCACAACCAAAGUGGAAAUUCUUGCUUGUGUUAAACCAGAAACAACAACAACAGGAACAACCACUGGAACAACCACUGGUACAACAACUGGAACAACAACUGGAACAACAACUGGAACAACAAGUGGUACAACCACCUCUCCAUCAACAACAACAGUCACUUAUUGUCAAGAAAUCAUGGAUGAUGACAAGGUCAUUCAACCUGAUGAUAUUACAGUAUCAAGCGGAAAUCCACAAGACAUUAUCCCAACUUCUCCAACAUUAUGGGAAAGUGUAAAUGACGAAAACCCAACAGUCACAAUCAGAGUAUCUGAAGGAGAUAAUGUUGAAAUUGAUAGAGUUACAUUGAAAUCACCAGACAAUGUAGAAAAAGUUACAAUCAGAUUCACUGAUAAGGAUGGCAAUGAUGUAAUUGUUAAGGAUUCACAAGGAAUUGAACAACCAGAUACAGGCUAUUCACCAGACAAUUUACCACAAAAAUUCAGUCUCACACUUGCUACCACAGUCACUUUAACAUUCACAAAGGUCAUUCCAAAUGAACCAGUAAAAACACAAGUAACAAUAUUGGCUUGUUCUGAGGAAGAGACAACAACAACAGGAACAACUACAGGAACUACAACUGGAACAACUACUGGUACAACUACUGUACUACUACUGGUACAACUACAGGUACAACAACAGGUACUACUACAGGAACAACAACAGGAACAACAACUGGAACAACCACUGGUACAACUACUGGUACUACAACUGGAACAACUACUGGUACAACAACUGGAACAACAUACUGGUACUACUACUGGUACAACUACUGGUACAACUACUGGUACAACAACCAAAACUACAAGUGGUACAACUUCAACACCAUCAACAACAACACCAACACUUUGUCAAGAAAUCAUGGAUGAAGAGAGCAUUAUUCAACCUGAUGAUAUUGAAACUAGCAGUGGAACACCAACAGAUAUUAUUCCAAAAUCUAAUACACCAUGGACAAGUGGUGAUAAUGACGAUACCCCAACUGUCACAGUAACAAUAUCUGAAAAUGAUGAUGAAGAAAUUGAUAGAGUAACAUUGAUAAAUCCUGAAAAUGUUGACAAAGUGAAGAUCACUAUCACAGAUAAGGAUGGCAAUGAUGUUCCUGUUAAAGAUUCUGAUGGAAAUGAUCAACCAGAAGAUGGAUAUUCUCCAGAUGAUAUACCAGAUAAUCUAGCAUUGACAAAGGGCACUAAAGUAACAUUGACCUUCACCAAAACUGACAAAGAUACACCAGUCACAACCAAAGUGGAAAUUCUUGCUUGUGUUAAACCAGAAACAACAACAACAGGAACAACCACUGGAACAACCACUGGUACAACAACUGGAACAACAACUGGAACAACAACUGGAACAACAACUGGAACAACAAGUGGUACAACCACCUCUCCAUCAACAACAACAGUCACUUAUUGUCAAGAAAUCAUGGAUGAUGACAAGGUCAUUCAACCUGAUGAUAUUACAGUAUCAAGCGGAAAUCCACAAGACAUUAUCCCAACUUCUCCAACAUUAUGGGAAAGUGUAAAUGACGAAAACCCAACAGUCACAAUCAGAGUAUCUGAAGGAGAUAAUGUUGAAAUUGAUAGAGUUACAUUGAAAUCACCAGACAAUGUAGAAAAAGUUACAAUCAGAUUCACUGAUAAGGAUGGCAAUGAUGUAAUUGUUAAGGAUUCACAAGGAAUUGAACAACCAGAUACAGGCUAUUCACCAGACAAUUUACCACAAAAAUUCAGUCUCACACUUGCUACCACAGUCACUUUAACAUUCACAAAGGUCAUUCCAAAUGAACCAGUAAAAACACAAGUAACAAUAUUGGCUUGUUCUGAGGAAGAGACAACAACAACAGGAACAACUACAGGAACUACAACUGGAACAACUACUGGUACAACUACUGGUACAACUACUGCAACUACUGGUACUACUACUGUGGUACAACUUCAACACCCAUCAACAACAACACCAACACUUUGUCAAGAAAUCAUGGAUGAAGAGAGCAUUAUUCAACCUGAUGAUAUUGAAACUAGCAGUGGAACACCAACAGAUAUUAUUCCAAAAUCUAAUACACCAUGGACAAGUGGUGAUAAUGACGAUACCCCAACUGUCACAGUAACAAUAUCUGAAAAUGAUGAUGAAGAAAUUGAUAGAGUAACAUUGAUAAAUCCUGAAAAUGUUGACAAAGUGAAGAUCACUAUCACAGAUAAGGAUGGCAAUGAUGUUCCUGUUAAAGAUUCUGAUGGAAAUGAUCAACCAGAAGAUGGAUAUUCUCCAGAUGAUAUACCAGAUAAUCUAGCAUUGACAAAGGGCACUAAAGUAACAUUGACCUUCACCAAAACUGACAAAGAUACACCAGUCACAACCAAAGUGGAAAUUCUUGCUUGUGUUAAACCAGAAACAACAACAACAGGAACAACCACUGGAACAACCACUGGUACAACAACUGGAACAACAACUGGAACAACAACUGGAACAACAAGUGGUACAACCACCUCUCCAUCAACAACAACAGUCACUUAUUGUCAAGAAAUCAUGGAUGAUGACAAGGUCAUUCAACCUGAUGAUAUUACAGUAUCAAGCGGAAAUCCACAAGACAUUAUCCCAACUUCUCCAACAUUAUGGGAAAGUGUAAAUGACGAAAACCCAACAGUCACAAUCAGAGUAUCUGAAGGAGAUAAUGUUGAAAUUGAUAGAGUUACAUUGAAAUCACCAGACAAUGUAGAAAAAGUUACAAUCAGAUUCACUGAUAAGGAUGGCAAUGAUGUAAUUGUUAAGGAUUCACAAGGAAUUGAACAACCAGAUACAGGCUAUUCACCAGACAAUUUACCACAAAAAUUCAGUCUCACACUUGCUACCACAGUCACUUUAACAUUCACAAAGGUCAUUCCAAAUGAACCAGUAAAAACACAAGUAACAAUAUUGGCUUGUUCUGAGGAAGAGACAACAACAACAGGAACAACUACAGGAACUACAACUGGAACAACUACUGGUACAACUACUGGUACUACUACUGGUACAACUACAGGUACAACAACAGGUACAACUACUGGAACAACAACAGGUACCACAACUGGUACAACAACAGGAACAACUACUGGUACAACUACAGGUACUACUACAGGAACAACAACAGGAACAACAACUGGAACAACCACUGGUACAACUACUGGUACUACAACUGGAACAACUACUGGUACAACAACUGGAACAACAACUGGAACAACUACUGGUACUACUACUGGUACAACUACUGGUACAACUACUGGUACAACAACCAAAACUACAAGUGGUACAACUUCAACACCAUCAACAACAACACCAACACUUUGUCAAGAAAUCAUGGAUGAAGAGAGCAUUAUUCAACCUGAUGAUAUUGAAACUAGCAGUGGAACACCAACAGAUAUUAUUCCAAAAUCUAAUACACCAUGGACAAGUGGUGAUAAUGACGAUACCCCAACUGUCACAGUAACAAUAUCUGAAAAUGAUGAUGAAGAAAUUGAUAGAGUAACAUUGAUAAAUCCUGAAAAUGUUGACAAAGUGAAGAUCACUAUCACAGAUAAGGAUGGCAAUGAUGUUCCUGUUAAAGAUUCUGAUGGAAAUGAUCAACCAGAAGAUGGAUAUUCUCCAGAUGAUAUACCAGAUAAUCUAGCAUUGACAAAGGGCACUAAAGUAACAUUGACCUUCACCAAAACUGACAAAGAUACACCAGUCACAACCAAAGUGGAAAUUCUUGCUUGUGUUAAACCAGAAACAACAACAACAGGAACAACCACUGGAACAACCACUGGUACAACAACUGGAACAACAACUGGAACAACAACUGGAACAACAACUGGAACAACAAGUGGUACAACCACCUCUCCAUCAACAACAACAGUCACUUAUUGUCAAGAAAUCAUGGAUGAUGACAAGGUCAUUCAACCUGAUGAUAUUACAGUAUCAAGCGGAAAUCCACAAGACAUUAUCCCAACUUCUCCAACAUUAUGGGAAAGUGUAAAUGACGAAAACCCAACAGUCACAAUCAGAGUAUCUGAAGGAGAUAAUGUUGAAAUUGAUAGAGUUACAUUGAAAUCACCAGACAAUGUAGAAAAAGUUACAAUCAGAUUCACUGAUAAGGAUGGCAAUGAUGUAAUUGUUAAGGAUUCACAAGGAAUUGAACAACCAGAUACAGGCUAUUCACCAGACAAUUUACCACAAAAAUUCAGUCUCACACUUGCUACCACAGUCACUUUAACAUUCACAAAGGUCAUUCCAAAUGAACCAGUAAAAACACAAGUAACAAUAUUGGCUUGUUCUGAGGAAGAGACAACAACAACAGGAACAACUACAGGAACUACAACUGGAACAACUACUGGUACAACUACUGGAACAACUACUGGUACUACUACUGGUACUACUACUGGUACAACUACUGGUACAACAACCAAAACUACAAGUGGUACAACUUCAACACCAUCAACAACAACACCAACACUUUGUCAAGAAAUCAUGGAUGAAGAGAGCAUUAUUCAACCUGAUGAUAUUGAAACUAGCAGUGGAACACCAACAGAUAUUAUUCCAAAAUCUAAUACACCAUGGACAAGUGGUGAUAAUGACGAUAUCCCCAACUGUCACAAUAAGGAUGGCAAUGAUGUUCCUGUUAAAGAUUCUGAUGGAAAUGAUCAACCAGAAGAUGGAUAUUCUCCAGAUGAUAUACCAGAUAAUCUAGCAUUGACAAAGGGCACUAAAGUAACAUUGACCUUCACCAAAACUGACAAAGAUACACCAGUCACAACCAAAGUGGAAAUUCUUGCUUGUGUUAAACCAGAAACAACAACAACAGGAACAACCACUGGAACAACCACUGGUACAACAACUGGAACAACAACUGGAACAACAACUGGAACAACAACUGGAACAACAAGUGGUACAACCACCUCUCCAUCAACAACAACAGUCACUUAUUGUCAAGAAAUCAUGGAUGAUGACAAGGUCAUUCAACCUGAUGAUAUUACAGUAUCAAGCGGAAAUCCACAAGACAUUAUCCCAACUUCUCCAACAUUAUGGGAAAGUGUAAAUGACGAAAACCCAACAGUCACAAUCAGAGUAUCUGAAGGAGAUAAUGUUGAAAUUGAUAGAGUUACAUUGAAAUCACCAGACAAUGUAGAAAAAGUUACAAUCAGAUUCACUGAUAAGGAUGGCAAUGAUGUAAUUGUUAAGGAUUCACAAGGAAUUGAACAACCAGAUACAGGCUAUUCACCAGACAAUUUACCACAAAAAUUCAGUCUCACACUUGCUACCACAGUCACUUUAACAUUCACAAAGGUCAUUCCAAAUGAACCAGUAAAAACACAAGUAACAAUAUUGGCUUGUUCUGAGGAAGAGACAACAACAACAGGAACAACUACAGGAACUACAACUGGAACAACUACUGGUACAACUACUGGAACAACUACUGGUACUACUACUGGUACUACUACUGGUACAACUACUGGUACAACAACCAAAACUACAAGUGGUACAACUUCAACACCAUCAACAACAACACCAACACUUUGUCAAGAAAUCAUGGAUGAAGAGAGCAUUAUUCAACCUGAUGAUAUUGAAACUAGCAGUGGAACACCAACAGAUAUUAUUCCAAAAUCUAAUACACCAUGGACAAGUGGUGAUAAUGACGAUACCCCAACUGUCACAGUAACAAUAUCUGAAAAUGAUGAUGAAGAAAUUGAUAGAGUAACAUUGAUAAAUCCUGAAAAUGUUGACAAAGUGAAGAUCACUAUCACAGAUAAGGAUGGCAAUGAUGUUCCUGUUAAAGAUUCUGAUGGAAAUGAUCAACCAGAAGAUGGAUAUUCUCCAGAUGAUAUACCAGAUAAUCUAGCAUUGACAAAGGGCACUAAAGUAACAUUGACCUUCACCAAAACUGACAAAGAUACACCAGUCACAACCAAAGUGGAAAUUCUUGCUUGUGUUAAACCAGAAACAACAACAACAGGAACAACCACUGGAACAACCACUGGUACAACAACUGGAACAACAACUGGAACAACAACUGGAACAACAAGUGGUACAACCACCUCUCCAUCAACAACAACAGUCACUUAUUGUCAAGAAAUCAUGGAUGAUGACAAGGUCAUUCAACCUGAUGAUAUUACAGUAUCAAGCGGAAAUCCACAAGACAUUAUCCCAACUUCUCCAACAUUAUGGGAAAGUGUAAAUGACGAAAACCCAACAGUCACAAUCAGAGUAUCUGAAGGAGAUAAUGUUGAAAUUGAUAGAGUUACAUUGAAAUCACCAGACAAUGUAGAAAAAGUUACAAUCAGAUUCACUGAUAAGGAUGGCAAUGAUGUAAUUGUUAAGGAUUCACAAGGAAUUGAACAACCAGAUACAGGCUAUUCACCAGACAAUUUACCACAAAAAUUCAGUCUCACACUUGCUACCACAGUCACUUUAACAUUCACAAAGGUCAUUCCAAAUGAACCAGUAAAAACACAAGUAACAAUAUUGGCUUGUUCUGAGGAAGAGACAACAACAACAGGAACAACUACAGGAACUACAACUGGAACAACUACUGGUACAACUACUGGAACAACUACUGGUACUACUACUGGUACUACUACUGGUACAACUACUGGUACAACAACCAAAACUACAAGUGGUACAACUUCAACACCAUCAACAACAACACCAACACUUUGUCAAGAAAUCAUGGAUGAAGAGAGCAUUAUUCAACCUGAUGAUAUUGAAACUAGCAGUGGAACACCAACAGAUAUUAUUCCAAAAUCUAAUACACCAUGGACAAGUGGUGAUAAUGACGAUACCCCAACUGUCACAGUAACAAUAUCUGAAAAUGAUGAUGAAGAAAUUGAUAGAGUAACAUUGAUAAAUCCUGAAAAUGUUGACAAAGUGAAGAUCACUAUCACAGAUAAGGAUGGCAAUGAUGUUCCUGUUAAAGAUUCUGAUGGAAAUGAUCAACCAGAAGAUGGAUAUUCUCCAGAUGAUAUACCAGAUAAUCUAGCAUUGACAAAGGGCACUAAAGUAACAUUGACCUUCACCAAAACUGACAAAGAUACACCAGUCACAACCAAAGUGGAAAUUCUUGCUUGUGUUAAACCAGAAACAACAACAACAGGAACAACCACUGGAACAACCACUGGUACAACAACUGGAACAACAACUGGAACAACAACUGGAACAACAAGUGGUACAACCACCUCUCCAUCAACAACAACAGUCACUUAUUGUCAAGAAAUCAUGGAUGAUGACAAGGUCAUUCAACCUGAUGAUAUUACAGUAUCAAGCGGAAAUCCACAAGACAUUAUCCCAACUUCUCCAACAUUAUGGGAAAGUGUAAAUGACGAAAACCCAACAGUCACAAUCAGAGUAUCUGAAGGAGAUAAUGUUGAAAUUGAUAGAGUUACAUUGAAAUCACCAGACAAUGUAGAAAAAGUUACAAUCAGAUUCACUGAUAAGGAUGGCAAUGAUGUAAUUGUUAAGGAUUCACAAGGAAUUGAACAACCAGAUACAGGCUAUUCACCAGACAAUUUACCACAAAAAUUCAAGACAACAACAACAGGAACAACUACAGGAACUACAACUGGAACAACUACUGGUACAACUACUGGAACAACUACUGGUACUACUACUGGUACUACUACUGUACAACUACUGGUACAACAACCAAAACUACAAGUGAGCAUUAUUCAACCUGAUGAUAUUGAAACUAGCAGUGGAACACCAACAGAUAUUAUUCCAAAAUCUAAUACACCAUGGACAAGUGGUGAUAAUGACGAUACCCCAACUGUCACAGUAACAAUAUCUGAAAAUGAUGAUGAAGAAAUUGAUAGAGUAACAUUGAUAAAUCCUGAAAAUGUUGACAAAGUGAAGAUCACUAUCACAGAUAAGGAUGGCAAUGAUGUUCCUGUUAAAGAUUCUGAUGGAAAUGAUCAACCAGAAGAUGGAUAUUCUCCAGAUGAUAUACCAGAUAAUCUAGCAUUGACAAAGGGCACUAAAGUAACAUUGACCUUCACCAAAACUGACAAAGAUACACCAGUCACAACCAAAGUGGAAAUUCUUGCUUGUGUUAAACCAGAAACAACAACAACAGGAACAACCACUGGAACAACCACUGGUACAACAACUGGAACAACAACUGGAACAACAACUGGAACAACAAGUGGUACAACCACCUCUCCAUCAACAACAACAGUCACUUAUUGUCAAGAAAUCAUGGAUGAUGACAAGGUCAUUCAACCUGAUGAUAUUACAGUAUCAAGCGGAAAUCCACAAGACAUUAUCCCAACUUCUCCAACAUUAUGGGAAAGUGUAAAUGACGAAAACCCAACAGUCACAAUCAGAGUAUCUGAAGGAGAUAAUGUUGAAAUUGAUAGAGUUACAUUGAAAUCACCAGACAAUGUAGAAAAAGUUACAAUCAGAUUCACUGAUAAGGAUGGCAAUGAUGUAAUUGUUAAGGAUUCACAAGGAAUUGAACAACCAGAUACAGGCUAUUCACCAGACAAUUUACCACAAAAAUUCAGUCUCACACUUGCUACCACAGUCACUUUAACAUUCACAAAGGUCAUUCCAAAUGAACCAGUAAAAACACAAGUAACAAUAUUGGCUUGUUCUGAGGAAGAGACAACAACAACAGGAACAACUACAGGAACUACAACUGGAACAACUACUGGUACAACUACUGGUACUACUACUGGUACAACUACAGGUACAACAACAGGUACAACUACUGGAACAACAACAGGUACCACAACUGGUACAACAACAGGAACAACUACUGGUACAACUACAGGUACUACUACAGGAACAACAACAGGAACAACAACUGGAACAACCACUGGUACAACUACUGGUACUACAACUGGAACAACUACUGGUACAACAACUGGAACAACAACUGGAACAACUACUGUACUACUACUGGUACAACUACUGGUACAACUACUGGUACAACAACCAAAACUACAAGUGAGCAUUAUUCAACCUGAUGAUAUUGAAACUAGCAGUGGAACACCAACAGAUAUUAUUCCAAAAUCUAAUACACCAUGGACAAGUGGUGAUAAUGACGAUACCCCAACUGUCACAGUAACAAUAUCUGAAAAUGAUGACGAAGAAAUUGAUAGAGUAACAUUGAUAAAUCCUGAAAAUGUUGACAAAGUGAAGAUCACUAUCACAGAUAAGGAUGGCAAUGAUGUUCCUGUUAAAGAUUCUGAUGGAAAUGAUCAACCAGAAGAUGGAUAUUCUCCAGAUGAUAUACCAGAUAAUCUAGCAUUGACAAAGGGCACUAAAGUAACAUUGACCUUCACCAAAACUGACAAAGAUACACCAGUCACAACCAAAGUGGAAAUUCUUGCUUGUGUUAAACCAGAAACAACAACAACAGGAACAACCACUGGAACAACCACUGGUACAACAACUGGAACAACAACUGGAACAACAACUGGAACAACAAGUGGUACAACCACCUCUCCAUCAACAACAACAGUCACUUAUUGUCAAGAAAUCAUGGAUGAUGACAAGGUCAUUCAACCUGAUGAUAUUACAGUAUCAAGCGGAAAUCCACAAGACAUUAUCCCAACUUCUCCAACAUUAUGGGAAAGUGUAAAUGACGAAAACCCAACAGUCACAAUCAGAGUAUCUGAAGGAGAUAAUGUUGAAAUUGAUAGAGUUACAUUGAAAUCACCAGACAAUGUAGAAAAAGUUACAAUCAGAUUCACUGAUAAGGAUGGCAAUGAUGUAAUUGUUAAGGAUUCACAAGGAAUUGAACAACCAGAUACAGGCUAUUCACCAGACAAUUUACCACAAAAAUUCAGUCUCACACUUGCUACCACAGUCACUUUAACAUUCACAAAGGUCAUUCCAAAUGAACCAGUAAAAACACAAGUAACAAUAUUGGCUUGUUCUGAGGAAGGUUUAGACAACAACAACAGAACAACUACAGGAACUACAACUGGAACAACUACUGGUACAACUACUGGAACAACUACUGGUACUACUACUGUACUGUACAACUACUGUACAACAACCAAAACUACAAGUGGUACAACUUCAACACCAUCAACAACAACACCAACACUUUGUCAAGAAAUCAUGGAUGAAGAGAGCAUUAUUCAACCUGAUGAUAUUGAAACUAGCAGUGGAACACCAACAGAUAUUAUUCCAAAAUCUAAUACACCAUGGACAAAAAUUGAUAGAGUAACAUUGAUAAAUCCUGAAAAUGUUGACAAAGUGAAGAUCACUAUCACAGAUAAGGAUGGCAAUGAUGUUCCUGUUAAAGAUUCUGAUGGAAAUGAUCAACCAGAAGAUGGAUAUUCUCCAGAUGAUAUACCAGAUAAUCUAGCAUUGACAAAGGGCACUAAAGUAACAUUGACCUUCACCAAAACUGACAAAGAUACACCAGUCACAACCAAAGUGGAAAUUCUUGCUUGUGUUAAACCAGAAACAACAACAACAGGAACAACCACUGGAACAACCACUGGUACAACAACUGGAACAACAACUGGAACAACAACUGGAACAACAAGUGGUACAACCACCUCUCCAUCAACAACAACAGUCACUUAUUGUCAAGAAAUCAUGGAUGAUGACAAGGUCAUUCAACCUGAUGAUAUUACAGUAUCAAGCGGAAAUCCACAAGACAUUAUCCCAACUUCUCCAACAUUAUGGGAAAGUGUAAAUGACGAAAACCCAACAGUCACAAUCAGAGUAUCUGAAGGAGAUAAUGUUGAAAUUGAUAGAGUUACAUUGAAAUCACCAGACAAUGUAGAAAAAGUUACAAUCAGAUUCACUGAUAAGGAUGGCAAUGAUGUAAUUGUUAAGGAUUCACAAGGAAUUGAACAACCAGAUACAGGCUAUUCACCAGACAAUUUACCACAAAAAUUCAGUCUCACACUUGCUACCACAGUCACUUUAACAUUCACAAAGGUCAUUCCAAAUGAACCAGUAAAAACACAAGUAACAAUAUUGGCUUGUUCUGAGGAAGAGACCACAACAACAGGAACAACUACAGGAACUACAACUGGAACAACUACUGGUACAACUACUGGAACAACUACUGGUACUACUACUGGUACUACUACUGGUACAACUACUGAAAUCAUGGAUGAAGAGAGCAUUAUUCAACCUGAUGAUAUUGAAACUAGCAGUGGAACACCAACAGAUAUUAUUCCAAAAUCUAAUACACCAUGGACAAGUGGUGAUAAUGACGAUACCCCAACUGUCACAGUAACAAUAUCUGAAAAUGAUGAUGAAGAAAUUGAUAGAGUAACAUUGAUAAAUCCUGAAAAUGUUGACAAAGUGAAGAUCACUAUCACAGAUAAGGAUGGCAAUGAUGUUCCUGUUAAAGAUUCUGAUGGAAAUGAUCAACCAGAAGAUGGAUAUUCUCCAGAUGAUAUACCAGAUAAUCUAGCAUUGACAAAGGGCACUAAAGUAACAUUGACCUUCACCAAAACUGACAAAGAUACACCAGUCACAACCAAAGUGGAAAUUCUUGCUUGUGUUAAACCAGAAACAACAACAACAGGAACAACCACUGGAACAACCACUGGUACAACAACUGGAACAACAACUGGAACAACAACUGGAACAACAAGUGGUACAACCACCUCUCCAUCAACAACAACAGUCACUUAUUGUCAAGAAAUCAUGGAUGAUGACAAGGUCAUUCAACCUGAUGAUAUUACAGUAUCAAGCGGAAAUCCACAAGACAUUAUCCCAACUUCUCCAACAUUAUGGGAAAGUGUAAAUGACGAAAACCCAACAGUCACAAUCAGAGUAUCUGAAGGAGAUAAUGUUGAAAUUGAUAGAGUUACAUUGAAAUCACCAGACAAUGUAGAAAAAGUUACAAUCAGAUUCACUGAUAAGGAUGGCAAUGAUGUAAUUGUUAAGGAUUCACAAGGAAUUGAACAACCAGAUACAGGCUAUUCACCAGACAAUUUACCACAAAAAUUCAGUCUCACACUUGCUACCACAGUCACUUUAACAUUCACAAAGGUCAUUCCAAAUGAACCAGUAAAAACACAAGUAACAAUAUUGGCUUGUUCUGAGGAAGAGACAACAACAACAGGAACAACUACAGGAACUACAACUGGAACAACUACUGGUACAACUACUGGUACUACUACUGGUACAACUACAGGUACAACAACAGGUACAACUACUGGAACAACAACAGGUACCACAACUGGUACAACAACAGGAACAACUACUGGUACAACUACAGGUACUACUACAGGAACAACAACAGGAACAACUACAGGUACAACAACAGGUACAACUACUGGAACAACAACAGGUACCACAACUGGUACAACAACAGGAACAACUACUGGUACAACUACAGGUACUACUACAGGAACAACAACAGGAACAACAACUGGAACAACCACUGGUACAACUACUGGUACUACAACUGGAACAACUACUGGUACAACAACUGGAACAACAACUGGAACAACUACUGGUACUACUACUGGUACAACUACUGGUACAACUACUGGUACAACAACCAAAACUACAAGUGGUACAACUUCAACACCAUCAACAACAACACCAACACUUUGUCAAGAAAUCAUGGAUGAAGAGAGCAUUAUUCAACCUGAUGAUAUUGAAACUAGCAGUGGAACACCAACAGAUAUUAUUCCAAAAUCUAAUACACCAUGGACAAGUGGUGAUAAUGACGAUACCCCAACUGUCACAGUAACAAUAUCUGAAAAUGAUGAUGAAGAAAUUGAUAGAGUAAUAUUGAUAAAUCCUGAAAAUGUUGACAAAGUGAAGAUCACUAUCACAGAUAAGGAUGGCAAUGAUGUUCCUGUUAAAGAUUCUGAUGGAAAUGAUCAACCAGAAGAUGGAUAUUCUCCAGAUGAUAUACCAGAUAAUCUAGCAUUGACAAAGGGCACUAAAGUAACAUUGACCUUCACCAAAACUGACAAAGAUACACCAGUCACAACCAAAGUGGAAAUUCUUGCUUGUGUUAAACCAGAAACAACAACAACAGGAACAACCACUGGAACAACCACUGGUACAACAACUGGAACAACAACUGGAACAACAACUGGAACAACAACUGGAACAACAAGUGGUACAACCACCUCUCCAUCAACAACAACAGUCACUUAUUGUCAAGAAAUCAUGGAUGAUGACAAGGUCAUUCAACCUGAUGAUAUUACAGUAUCAAGCGGAAAUCCACAAGACAUUAUCCCAACUUCUCCAACAUUAUGGGAAAGUGUAAAUGACGAAAACCCAACAGUCACAAUCAGAGUAUCUGAAGGAGAUAAUGUUGAAAUUGAUAGAGUUACAUUGAAAUCACCAGACAAUGUAGAAAAAGUUACAAUCAGAUUCACUGAUAAGGAUGGCAAUGAUGUAAUUGUUAAGGAUUCACAAGGAAUUGAACAACCAGAUACAGGCUAUUCACCAGACAAUUUACCACAAAAAUUCAGUCUCACACUUGCUACCACAGUCACUUUAACAUUCACAAAGGUCAUUCCAAAUGAACCAGUAAAAACACAAGUAACAAUAUUGGCUUGUUCUGAGGAAGAGACAACAACAACAGGAACAACUACAGGAACUACAACUGGAACAACUACUGGUACAACUACUGGUACUACUACUGGUACAACUACAGGUACAACAACAGGUACAACUACUGGAACAACAACAGGUACCACAACUGGUACAACAACAGGAACAACUACUGGUACAACUACAGGUACUACUACAGGAACAACAACAGGAACAACAACUGGAACAACCACUGGUACAACUACUGGUACUACAACUGGAACAACUACUGGUACAACAACUGGAACAACAACUGGAACAACUACUGGUACUACUACUGGUACAACUACUGGUACAACUACUGGUACAACAACCAAAACUACAAGUGGUACAACUUCAACACCAUCAACAACAACACCAACACUUUGUCAAGAAAUCAUGGAUGAAGAGAGCAUUAUUCAACCUGAUGAUAUUGAAACUAGCAGUGGAACACCAACAGAUAUUAUUCCAAAAUCUAAUACACCAUGGACAAGUGGUGAUAAUGACGAUACCCCAACUGUCACAGUAACAAUAUCUGAAAAUGAUGAUGAAGAAAUUGAUAGAGUAACAUUGAUAAAUCCUGAAAAUGUUGACAAAGUGAAGAUCACUAUCACAGAUAAGGAUGGCAAUGAUGUUCCUGUUAAAGAUUCUGAUGGAAAUGAUCAACCAGAAGAUGGAUAUUCUCCAGAUGAUAUACCAGAUAAUCUAGCAUUGACAAAGGGCACUAAAGUAACAUUGACCUUCACCAAAACUGACAAAGAUACACCAGUCACAACCAAAGUGGAAAUUCUUGCUUGUGUUAAACCAGAAACAACAACAACAGGAACAACCACUGGAACAACCACUGGUACAACAACUGGAACAACAACUGGAACAACAACUGGAACAACAAGUGGUACAACCACCUCUCCAUCAACAACAACAGUCACUUAUUGUCAAGAAAUCAUGGAUGAUGACAAGGUCAUUCAACCUGAUGAUAUUACAGUAUCAAGCGGAAAUCCACAAGACAUUAUCCCAACUUCUCCAACAUUAUGGGAAAGUGUAAAUGACGAAAACCCAACAGUCACAAUCAGAGUAUCUGAAGGAGAUAAUGUUGAAAUUGAUAGAGUUACAUUGAAAUCACCAGACAAUGUAGAAAAAGUUACAAUCAGAUUCACUGAUAAGGAUGGCAAUGAUGUAAUUGUUAAGGAUUCACAAGGAAUUGAACAACCAGAUACAGGCUAUUCACCAGACAAUUUACCACAAAAAUUCAGUCUCACACUUGCUACCACAGUCACUUUAACAUUCACAAAGGUCAUUCCAAAUGAACCAGUAAAAACACAAGUAACAAUAUUGGCUUGUUCUGAGGAAGAGACAACAACAACAGGAACAACUACAGGAACUACAACUGGAACAACUACUGGUACAACUACUGGUACUACUACUGGUACAACUACAGGUACAACAACAGGUACAACUACUGGAACAACAACAGGUACCACAACUGGUACAACAACAGGAACAACUACUGGUACAACUACAGGUACUACUACAGGAACAACAACAGGAACAACAACUGGAACAACCACUGGUACAACUACUGGUACUACAACUGGAACAACUACUGGUACAACAACUGGAACAACAACUGGAACAACUACUGGUACUACUACUGGUACAACUACUGGUACAACUACUGGUACAACAACCAAAACUACAAGUGGUACAACUUCAACACCAUCAACAACAACACCAACACUUUGUCAAGAAAUCAUGGAUGAAGAGAGCAUUAUUCAACCUGAUGAUAUUGAAACUAGCAGUGGAACACCAACAGAUAUUAUUCCAAAAUCUAAUACACCAUGGACAAGUGGUGAUAAUGACGAUACCCCAACUGUCACAGUAACAAUAUCUGAAAAUGAUGAUGAAGAAAUUGAUAGAGUAACAUUGAUAAAUCCUGAAAAUGUUGACAAAGUGAAGAUCACUAUCACAGAUAAGGAUGGCAAUGAUGUUCCUGUUAAAGAUUCUGAUGGAAAUGAUCAACCAGAAGAUGGAUAUUCUCCAGAUGAUAUACCAGAUAAUCUAGCAUUGACAAAGGGCACUAAAGUAACAUUGACCUUCACCAAAACUGACAAAGAUACACCAGUCACAACCAAAGUGGAAAUUCUUGCUUGUGUUAAACCAGAAACAACAACAACAGGAACAACCACUGGAACAACCACUGGUACAACAACUGGAACAACAACUGGAACAACAACUGGAACAACAAGUGGUACAACCACCUCUCCAUCAACAACAACAGUCACUUAUUGUCAAGAAAUCAUGGAUGAUGACAAGGUCAUUCAACCUGAUGAUAUUACAGUAUCAAGCGGAAAUCCACAAGACAUUAUCCCAACUUCUCCAACAUUAUGGGAAAGUGUAAAUGACGAAAACCCAACAGUCACAAUCAGAGUAUCUGAAGGAGAUAAUGUUGAAAUUGAUAGAGUUACAUUGAAAUCACCAGACAAUGUAGAAAAAGUUACAAUCAGAUUCACUGAUAAGGAUGGCAAUGAUGUAAUUGUUAAGGAUUCACAAGGAAUUGAACAACCAGAUACAGGCUAUUCACCAGACAAUUUACCACAAAAAUUCAGUCUCACACUUGCUACCACAGUCACUUUAACAUUCACAAAGGUCAUUCCAAAUGAACCAGUAAAAACACAAGUAACAAUAUUGGCUUGUUCUGAGGAAGAGACAACAACAACAGGAACAACUACAGGAACUACAACUGGAACAACUACUGGUACAACUACUGGUACUACUACUGGUACAACUACAGGUACAACAACAGGUACAACUACUGGAACAACAACAGGUACCACAACUGGUACAACAACAGGAACAACUACUGGUACAACUACAGGUACUACUACAGGAACAACAACAGGAACAACAACUGGAACAACCACUGGUACAACUACUGGUACUACAACUGGAACAACUACUGGUACAACAACUGGAACAACAACUGGAACAACUACUGGUACUACUACUGGUACAACUACUGGUACAACUACUGGUACAACAACCAAAACUACAAGUGGUACAACUUCAACACCAUCAACAACAACACCAACACUUUGUCAAGAAAUCAUGGAUGAAGAGAGCAUUAUUCAACCUGAUGAUAUUGAAACUAGCAGUGGAACACCAACAGAUAUUAUUCCAAAAUCUAAUACACCAUGGACAAGUGGUGAUAAUGACGAUACCCCAACUGUCACAGUAACAAUAUCUGAAAAUGAUGAUGAAGAAAUUGAUAGAGUAACAUUGAUAAAUCCUGAAAAUGUUGACAAAGUGAAGAUCACUAUCACAGAUAAGGAUGGCAAUGAUGUUCCUGUUAAAGAUUCUGAUGGAAAUGAUCAACCAGAAGAUGGAUAUUCUCCAGAUGAUAUACCAGAUAAUCUAGCAUUGACAAAGGGCACUAAAGUAACAUUGACCUUCACCAAAACUGACAAAGAUACACCAGUCACAACCAAAGUGGAAAUUCUUGCUUGUGUUAAACCAGAAACAACAACAACAGGAACAACCACUGGAACAACCACUGGUACAACAACUGGAACAACAACUGGAACAACAACUGGAACAACAAGUGGUACAACCACCUCUCCAUCAACAACAACAGUCACUUAUUGUCAAGAAAUCAUGGAUGAUGACAAGGUCAUUCAACCUGAUGAUAUUACAGUAUCAAGCGGAAAUCCACAAGACAUUAUCCCAACUUCUCCAACAUUAUGGGAAAGUGUAAAUGACGAAAACCCAACAGUCACAAUCAGAGUAUCUGAAGGAGAUAAUGUUGAAAUUGAUAGAGUUACAUUGAAAUCACCAGACAAUGUAGAAAAAGUUACAAUCAGAUUCACUGAUAAGGAUGGCAAUGAUGUAAUUGUUAAGGAUUCACAAGGAAUUGAACAACCAGAUACAGGCUAUUCACCAGACAAUUUACCACAAAAAUUCAGUCUCACACUUGCUACCACAGUCACUUUAACAUUCACAAAGGUCAUUCCAAAUGAACCAGUAAAAACACAAGUAACAAUAUUGGCUUGUUCUGAGGAAGAGACAACAACAACAGGAACAACUACAGGAACUACAACUGGAACAACUACUGGUACAACUACUGGUACUACUACUGGUACAACUACAGGUACAACAACAGGUACAACUACUGGAACAACAACAGGUACCACAACUGGUACAACAACAGGAACAACUACUGGUACAACUACAGGUACUACUACAGGAACAACAACAGGAACAACAACUGGAACAACCACUGGUACAACUACUGGUACUACAACUGGAACAACUACUGGUACAACAACUGGAACAACAACUGGAACAACUACUGGUACUACUACUGGUACAACUACUGGUACAACUACUGGUACAACAACCAAAACUACAAGUGGUACAACUUCAACACCAUCAACAACAACACCAACACUUUGUCAAGAAAUCAUGGAUGAAGAGAGCAUUAUUCAACCUGAUGAUAUUGAAACUAGCAGUGGAACACCAACAGAUAUUAUUCCAAAAUCUAAUACACCAUGGACAAGUGGUGAUAAUGACGAUACCCCAACUGUCACAGUAACAAUAUCUGAAAAUGAUGAUGAAGAAAUUGAUAGAGUAACAUUGAUAAAUCCUGAAAAUGUUGACAAAGUGAAGAUCACUAUCACAGAUAAGGAUGGCAAUGAUGUUCCUGUUAAAGAUUCUGAUGGAAAUGAUCAACCAGAAGAUGGAUAUUCUCCAGAUGAUAUACCAGAUAAUCUAGCAUUGACAAAGGGCACUAAAGUAACAUUGACCUUCACCAAAACUGACAAAGAUACACCAGUCACAACCAAAGUGGAAAUUCUUGCUUGUGUUAAACCAGAAACAACAACAACAGGAACAACCACUGGAACAACCACUGGUACAACAACUGGAACAACAACUGGAACAACAACUGGAACAACAACUGGAACAACAAGUGGUACAACCACCUCUCCAUCAACAACAACAGUCACUUAUUGUCAAGAAAUCAUGGAUGAUGACAAGGUCAUUCAACCUGAUGAUAUUACAGUAUCAAGCGGAAAUCCACAAGACAUUAUCCCAACUUCUCCAACAUUAUGGGAAAGUGUAAAUGACGAAAACCCAACAGUCACAAUCAGAGUAUCUGAAGGAGAUAAUGUUGAAAUUGAUAGAGUUACAUUGAAAUCACCAGACAAUGUAGAAAAAGUUACAAUCAGAUUCACUGAUAAGGAUGGCAAUGAUGUAAUUGUUAAGGAUUCACAAGGAAUUGAACAACCAGAUACAGGCUAUUCACCAGACAAUUUACCACAAAAAUUCAGUCUCACACUUGCUACCACAGUCACUUUAACAUUCACAAAGGUCAUUCCAAAUGAACCAGUAAAAACACAAGUAACAAUAUUGGCUUGUUCUGAGGAAGAGACAACAACAACAGGAACAACUACAGGAACUACAACUGGAACAACUACUGGUACAACUACUGGAACAACUACUGGUACUACUACUGGUACUACUACUGGUACAACUACUGGUACAACAACCAAAACUACAAGUGGUACAACUUCAACACCAUCAACAACAACACCAACACUUUGUCAAGAAAUCAUGGAUGAAGAGAGCAUUAUUCAACCUGAUGAUAUUGAAACUAGCAGUGGAACACCAACAGAUAUUAUUCCAAAAUCUAAUACACCAUGGACAAGUGGUGAUAAUGACGAUACCCCAACUGUCACAGUAACAAUAUCUGAAAAUGAUGAUGAAGAAAUUGAUAGAGUAACAUUGAUAAAUCCUGAAAAUGUUGACAAAGUGAAGAUCACUAUCACAGAUAAGGAUGGCAAUGAUGUUCCUGUUAAAGAUUCUGAUGGAAAUGAUCAACCAGAAGAUGGAUAUUCUCCAGAUGAUAUACCAGAUAAUCUAGCAUUGACAAAGGGCACUAAAGUAACAUUGACCUUCACCAAAACUGACAAAGAUACACCAGUCACAACCAAAGUGGAAAUUCUUGCUUGUGUUAAACCAGAAACAACAACAACAGGAACAACCACUGGAACAACCACUGGUACAACAACUGGAACAACAACUGGAACAACAACUGGAACAACAACUGGAACAACAAGUGGUACAACCACCUCUCCAUCAACAACAACAGUCACUUAUUGUCAAGAAAUCAUGGAUGAUGACAAGGUCAUUCAACCUGAUGAUAUUACAGUAUCAAGCGGAAAUCCACAAGACAUUAUCCCAACUUCUCCAACAUUAUGGGAAAGUGUAAAUGACGAAAACCCAACAGUCACAAUCAGAGUAUCUGAAGGAGAUAAUGUUGAAAUUGAUAGAGUUACAUUGAAAUCACCAGACAAUGUAGAAAAAGUUACAAUCAGAUUCACUGAUAAGGAUGGCAAUGAUGUAAUUGUUAAGGAUUCACAAGGAAUUGAACAACCAGAUACAGGCUAUUCACCAGACAAUUUACCACAAAAAUUCAGUCUCACACUUGCUACCACAGUCACUUUAACAUUCACAAAGGUCAUUCCAAAUGAACCAGUAAAAACACAAGUAACAAUAUUGGCUUGUUCUGAGGAAGAGACAACAACAACAGGAACAACUACAGGAACUACAACUGGAACAACUACUGGUACAACUACUGGUACUACUACUGGUACAACUACAGGUACAACAACAGGUACAACUACUGGAACAACAACAGGUACCACAACUGGUACAACAACAGGAACAACUACUGGUACAACUACAGGUACUACUACAGGAACAACAACAGGAACAACAACUGGAACAACCACUGGUACAACUACUGGUACUACAACUGGAACAACUACUGGUACAACAACUGGAACAACAACUGGAACAACUACUGGUACUACUACUGGUACAACUACUGGUACAACUACUGGUACAACAACCAAAACUACAAGUGGUACAACUUCAACACCAUCAACAAAACACCAACACUUUGUCAAGAAAUCAUGGAUGAAGAGAGCAUUAUUCAACCUGAUGAUAUUGAAACUAGCAGUGGAACACAACAGAUAUUAUUCCAAAAUCUAA